AUGAAACGAAAUCCACAUCCAAACCGUGACCGUUUUGAGGAAGAACCAUUAUCAAAGUCAAUGUACCAGCCUCCUCAACAAGAAACAAUUCAUUCCGAAAAGAGUGAAACAGAAGAAGAAUAUACAAUUAGAAAAUUUAAUGAAAAUUUUCAUAAUUUUGAGCUUGAGUCUAUUGUUGGCGCUCAAGUAAAGUUUGUUAAGGCUGGUGCCUCCUCUGCUCUUUAUUAUUUUGUUAGCAAACCAAAUGAAUUGUUUCAGGUUAAUAAUUUCCCAGAAUUGAACGCAUUUGCCUCCCAAUGUGCCGAACAUUACCAAGGAGGUAUUAUUAAGUGUUUUUAUCAUGUUUUUAUAACUGGAUUCGUGAGAACAGGAAAGACAACCACGGCUCGAUAUCUUUUCCCCUAUCUCCAUUCUAUUCAUUGCUGUAGGAGAUUUAAUUACAUUGGCUAUGAGGUUCAAUAUCUUGAUAUACAAGAUUUUCCAAAGCACGAACAAGAAGAAGAAUAUUAUUACGCUAAUAGAAUUAUUAGAAGCUUUGUUGGUGAAGGAGCAACUGUAGUAGACUGUAUGCAAGAUUCAACUCAAUACAAUCCCAUCACUGAGUAUUUGGAAAAAAGAAGCGAUAAGAUGGUAUACUUUGUCUUGGACGAAAUUCAACUAUUAUCUCCGACCACUUUGAACUAUCUCAAGAAGGUAUUUAAAUCACCUACUCUAAAGAGUUCUUCAAAUUUCCUUAGUAUUUGGACAGGAAGUACCCAAUCACUUCUAUUCAGAAAGUUGAGAGAAGUACUUCCAUAUGGAUUCUCAUUUUCGGAUAAUGAGAUGACCUACAACAUUCCACACUCGAGUGCAACUGCAAAUUUAAGGGAGGUUGCCAUAUUCCAAAACUACAUUAUGAAAAGAAAAUUUGUCGACACACAAGUUCUAAGAACCAUCAAGGAUUCAUUAGAGGUGCACCACUGCAGUUAUGUUGACCAAAUUAUUUCUCAACGCAAAACCAAGACUCUCCAACAAUCCAUUUCUCAUCUCAUUCAACAAAUCUUCUCCAUUUAUGAUAGAGAUAUUGGCAAUAUUGUUAAAGGACUAACGAGAGAGGAAGCUUGGAUAAUAAUCAAAACCAAAGCUGUUCCAGCCUAUAUAACGAGUAUAGCUCUGUGUGGCUCUGGGAUUACUGAUGGUUCUAUGUUUGUAAAAUUCAACCGAGAGACCCAAAAGUAUGAGCUUAGAGACUCAUUGCUCUGUUCUUAUAUCAUGUUUAGAUGGGAUAGUCUUUGUAGCUCAAUGAGAGCUGCUGAUGUUGAGUAUCAUUUUCACUUAUUGUUACCAUUCCAAUUUUUGGGUGAGUCCAUCAAUUUAAUUGAAUCAUCACUCAUUGAAACUCUUGGAAUGGCUGAUCAUGAUCACAAACAGUUUGCUGCGGUACUUAAUAAUGGAUUAAUUGACAAUUCUAUUCAAAACAAAAUUGAAAUAAUAGAGGAUGAGGAAAAACUUGUCAAAACAAUCAUCAAGGCAAUCAGACAUAUUUCAAGUCAAUCUUCUGAUUGUAAAACCCUCUAUCAAGAAAUUGUAAAAUAUUGGUGCAACAAUGAACCAAGAAAUUUCAUCAGAAUUGCUGAGAAAAUCAGGGAAGUGGUUGUUAUUACAAACUGGAACCAUGAAUCAAAAUUUGUAAAAUAUUAA